UCACACCCUCCCUCCACGACGCACAAAAAAAAAGACACUUAACCCGCUUCACCCAUCCCAUCCAUAUCGCAAACGCAAUUGCGCAUCGCACGGUUGCUUGGUGAAUGAAAACAACGUCGCGAACGAUAUUUUCAAAAACGACGGCGCCCAGGGUCUACUACGCGCCAGAGAAAAGAUAAGGGUUCGGCCAAGGGACCAAGCAUCACUAGCUCCUCGAGCACAGAUCCACGCCGCGCCAACUACCCCAUCUCGCAGCGCAAAGCACAGCAGCAGCAGAGAGAGCAAAGCGACCAAGUGCGCCGUGCUCUAAUCUACAAAAACACCCCGAGCGCGCAAUUGCCAAGUCUCCUCCGCCUACCACACACCACACACGAAAUUAAAAUGCACCACUCCUCACCCCUCGCCCUCCUCCUCGCCCUCCUCUUCUCCAUCCUCCUCCCCCCCACCCCCGUCGCCUCCCAGGCCGCCGUAGUAGGCGGUCCUGCGCCCGCGGCCCCGACGCAAUACCCGGUUGUGCAAACAGUGCCGAAGCUCCAGGUUGUGGCUGGGGUGACGCAGAUAGUUCAGGUGCCGUUUACGCAGACGUUUGUGCAGGGGGCGUUGGAGACGUGGGCGUGGGGGGCGGUUAAGAAGGGGGCGGUGGGGAUGGGGUCGAUACAGGGGGAGGUGGGGAAGGUGAAGGGGGGUUAG